CAGCCGCUGGCAGGAGGAUGCCCCGAAGCGGGGAGCAGGGCGCUGAGCCUCGCCGGCUCCCGGGCUUGUAACUGCCCCAGCCGGACACCCUCUGACCUGCUCGUCCUUCAGUGAAUCUCAGUCCUUCAGUGAGCUAUUUUCUCAGGAGUCCAGCCAGGCCUUACUUCAGCCAUAAAGUGGGAAGAACAUAAAUAAUUUAUGUGAAGUCUGGAAGAACACAUUCAGGAUCCCAAACAGCCUGAGAAUAAGUCCAGGCUGGCUACAACAAAUACAACUCAAGAUGUCUGGUAAAGGGAGCAGCACAGAUGGCAAAACAGACCUUGCGAAUGGAAGCUUAUCCAGCAGUCCAGAGGAAAUGUCUGGGACAGAAGAGGGGAGAGAAACAUCCUCAGGCAUUGAGGUCGAGGCUUCAGACCUAAGCCUGAGCCUAACCGGGGAUGAUGGGGGUGGCCCCAACCGCACCAGCACCGAAAGCCGAGGCACAGACACAGAGAGCUCAGGUGAAGACAAGGACUCUGAUAGCAUGGAGGACACUGGCCACUACUCCAUUAAUGAUGAAAACCGGGUCCAUGACCGCUCAGAGGAGGAGGAGGAGGAGGAAGAAGAGGAGGAGGAAGAAGAGCAGCCCCGGCGCCGGGUUCAGCGCAAACGGGCCAAUCGUGAACACGACUCAUCAGAUGAUGAACGAGCCCUUGAGGACUGGGUGGCCUCAGAGACAUCAGCUCUGCCCCGGCCCCGCUGGCAGGCCCUCCCAGCCCUGAGAGAGAGGGAGCUGGGCUCAAGUGCUCGUUUUGUGUAUGAAGCUUGUGGAGCACGAGUCUUUGUGCAGCGCUUCCGCCUGCAACAUGGGCUAGAGGGCCACACUGGUUGUGUCAACACCCUGCACUUUAACCAGCGUGGCACCUGGCUGGCCAGUGGCAGCGAUGACCUCAAGGUGGUGGUGUGGGAUUGGGUUCGGAGGCGACCUGUGUUGGAUUUUGAAAGUGGCCACAAAAGCAAUGUCUUCCAGGCCAAGUUUCUUCCCAACAGUGGUGAUUCAACUCUUGCCAUGUGUGCCCGUGAUGGGCAGGUGCGGGUAGCAGAGCUGUCCGCCACACAGUGCUGCAAGAACACCAAGCGUGUUGCCCAGCACAAGGGAGCCUCCCAUAAGUUGGCCCUGGAGCCAGACUCCCCUUGUACUUUCCUAUCUGCUGGUGAAGAUGCGGUUGUCUUCACCAUUGACCUCCGACAAGACCGACCAGCAUCGAAACUGGUGGUGACGAAGGAGAAGGAGAAGAAAGUUGGGCUAUACACAAUCUACGUGAACCCCGCCAACACUCACCAAUUUGCAGUGGGUGGGCGAGAUCAGUUUGUGAGGAUUUAUGACCAGCGUAAAAUUGAUGAGAAUGAGAAUAAUGGUGUGCUGAAGAAAUUUUGUCCUCAUCACCUGGUAAACAGUGAGUCCAAAGCAAACAUCACCUGUCUUGUGUACAGCCACGAUGGCACAGAGCUCCUUGCCAGUUACAAUGAUGAAGACAUUUAUCUCUUCAACUCUUCUCACAGCGAUGGUGCCCAGUACAUCAAGAGAUAUAAGGGGCACCGAAAUAAUGCUACAGUGAAAGGCGUCAAUUUCUAUGGCCCUAAGAGCGAAUUUGUGGUGAGCGGCAGCGACUGUGGGCACAUCUUCCUUUGGGAGAAAUCAUCCUGCCAAAUCAUCCAGUUCAUGGAAGGGGACAAGGGAGGCGUGGUGAACUGUCUAGAGCCCCACCCUCACCUGCCUGUGCUGGCCACUAGUGGUCUAGACCAUGAUGUCAAGAUCUGGGCACCUACUGCUGAGGCUUCCACGGAGCUAACUGGGUUAAAGGAUGUGAUUAAGAAGAACAAACGGGAGCGGGAUGAGGACAGCCUGCACCACACUGACCUGUUUGAUAGCCACAUGCUCUGGUUCCUCAUGCACCAUCUGAGGCAGAGACGACAUCACCGGCGCUGGCGGGAGCCUGGGGUCGGGGCCGCAGAUGGAGACUCAGAUGAGUCCCCCAGCUCCUCAGACACAUCGGACGAGGAGGAGGGCCCAGACCGGGUGCAGUGCAUGCCAUCCUGAGAGCCCUGAACUCCCUCGGGAGGGAUGAGGGGUAGGGAAGGGGAGGCAGCUGAGGCCAGCCUGCCAACCCGCUCUGCUUCUCAGGGGGCAUGAGGCUGCCCCUCUCCUGACCCACCUGAGGCCCUCACAUUCAGCAGCAUUGCACUUUGGACUUUUUGCUUUAGAAAAAAAAAGACAUCCAAGGGGGAAGGACAGACUGGAGGGAGACAAAACAUUAAGAUGCACAAGGGACGGGUUGGGGGUUGAGGCCAAGAAUGUGGUUCGGUGGAGAGGUGCACGGGACUCUGCAAAAAUGGCCUCUCCCCAAAUCUUUUCUUUUUCUUUUCUUUCCUUUUUUUUGAGCCUGUUGUGUUAGUGUGGUUUUUUUUUGGGGGGGGGGUGGCAGUGUUACUUUUCCUCUCUUCCUUGUUUCUUCUGGGGAGAAGGCCAAGGAUCUUUGGCUGCUCAGCACCAUGAAGCCAGAGUGGGAAUGGAGGGGCCACUCCCUCUUUGGUUUAGGUUUUUUGAUUUUUUUUUUUUUUAAAGCCUGGUAAAGUUGCAUUUUCUCCUCCUUCCCCCCAAUCCCUGCUUGUUCAGGGUAGUUUCACUCCCUGCUAGGACUCCCGCCUCUGAGCCCCAACUGUCCCACUCACCUCUUCCCCUAUUUGUCCUCCUUUACAUAUCACAGUGUUUUGCACUUGAUUUUGCCCCUUCUCCUUUCAUCUUCCACCUCACCACCUAAAACAGGGUGGCAAAGAGGUGGGGGAGAGGGAUGAGGAUAGGGGGAGGGGGUGGGAUAGGAAGGAUGUUAACUUUUCUGUUACUUUUAAGGAAAUGUAUGUUUGGCGGCGGUGACGUCCCUUUCCUUAUCACUGUUAGAGGCCUAAUUUUAUAUCUAUAAAUAUAUUAAAAAGCAAAUCAAACUUGGAUGUCAUCAAGUUAAAAUUAUUGUCAAAGUUUAAAUACAUGUUCUCUAUGAAUGCAAUAAAGGGAAUGGGUGGGAGGGUUUUAAGGAAGGGAGUGGGAUUAGUGAUGGGGAUGACAAGUGGAGUUAGCUUCCCCUUUUUGUCCCCAACAUACCUAUUUGGGGUUUUCUUUUUGGAUCCUAGGAGUCUGGAGGAGGGGAAUCUCCCCAACUUUAGAGCACAGCUGCCAUGAGAAAUAGGCAGGGCUUCUCAUUACAACUUGGAUGCUAUCCUUCCUUUAGCCCUUGAAACCUUGCCUCUACUUAGUUUUGGUGUUUUGGUUUUGUUUUUUGGUUUUGUUUUGUUUUUUUUCUUUUGGUGGGGUGGUGGGGUGGUUCAGGGAAUCUCUUCUCUUUGACCCAUGUGCCAGACACCCAUUAGAAGCACGACUUGACUGGGCCCUAGAAAGGCUGUCACUCUUUAAAAUCUUGUUUCUUGUUCCCUUAAAGAGACACACGUAACCCCCCCCCCCACAUAGCCCACACUUCAUCCAGCCCCUCCCUCCUUUCACUCCUUCCAGUAGGAGCCAGUGCUCCAAGAGAAAGGUGAGACUUUGAGGCUUCACAGAUUCCCCUUCCCGCAACCCCCAGUUUGGGGACACCAAGCAGGAAGGCUCAGCCCUGUGGAAGAGUUGGCCAGUAGCAGAGUAAAAUGGCUUGGGGAUAGGUCCUGUUGCCUAGGCAUUUGGUCAGGAAAUAAAGAGUAAUCAAAAUGGAAUUAUGCCCUGAAGCCCGUGGCCCUGAGUGUUCUAGCUGCUCUCGCUGUGCUUCCUUCAGUCCCAGCCCUCCACCAAGCCCAGUCAGGGAACACGCUUCCUUGGCCUGGAACUGUAGAUCUCCCUCUAGGCCUGCCCAGUUGAGGAAGACGAGUUGGAUAAAGAUGUCCUUAGACUCUUCUCUCUCUAACACUUUACCCAGCAGCUCUCAGACCAGAUGUUAACUAAUCUACCCACCUCCAUGUAGGAUGUGAGGGAAGACUGAGUGGUCUGAGUCCCUUAUUGCUUCGAGGGUAAAGUGGGUUGAUUGGGGAAUAAAGCACUCUGGAGUCUGUUGUAUUUUCUCUCAGUAAAAGCUUUUUUUCCUGAC